AUGACGAAGAAGACUCUCCGGCGGUCGGCCAAGGUCGAAGACCGUAAGGCGACUCCCAAAGCGCGCAAGCGCAAGCCAAGUCAGGGCGGGAUCGAAGAACAAGAGAAGAAGAAAGCAAGAGCCCACGGGUCUUUCGACACAGAGUGGUGGUUGAAUCGCGAGGUGGUCGAAGCCACAAAGGAGAGGGAAAGCGCUGAGAAGCGUGAGGCUGCAUGCACAUCUUCCCAGUUGUCUGAACAACAAUUUCUGCAGACACCACCAGGAAAGAAGAUUUUCGCUGAAGAACUGGCGGCGAGAGAGAGAAGGCAGCAUUGCGCGGAGCGCGCGAAGCUGCCCGCAGAUGACCCCAAUUCUCCGAAGCCCCAUAUGCGCAAGUCCUUCAUGAAGCUCCACACCACGUCGAAGAUGGGCCUCGGGAUAAUGACAACAGGUGCUGGACCGAGAAAUUCGGCAGAGCAGAGGCAAUUCCGCGCAGAUUUGAUCAAGGCCCACGGUGCCAAGGUCGGCAAAGAGCUCUGGUGCCCAAUCCUCGGGCAGUUUUUUCCUCACGACGAAAUCGUUGCUGGUCAUCUCUUCCCAUAUGGGCACAGUAAAGCGAACAUGGAUGGCAUAUUUGGCAAGGACGCCAGUCUCGAUAUGUUCUCGGCACGCAAUGGGAUUCUCCUUCACGAGAAUAUUGAGGCUGUCUUCGAUAUCGGCAAGCUUGCCCUUAUACCUCAUAUCCCUGGCAAACCUGACUGGACCUCCGAGGCGAUUCACGAGUGGCUUUCAAGCGAACCGCGUGAAUACCAAGUCAAGAUUCUCGACCCAAAAUGGACUUCUCUCAAGAAGUCAGUCAUCGAUGGAAGUACUCUUACCUUCGGGGACCUUGAUGGCCGCCAGUUGCAGUUCCGAACACCCUUCCGCCCAGCAGCGCGGUAUGUGUAUUAUCACUUUUGCGAGCAGGUACUGCGGUCCGCCUGGCCACACAAUGAGACCCGGAGCCCAGCCGAAGCCGCCGAAGUUCUCGAGAAAGAGUACGGCAAACCUUACUGGGGUACACCCGGGAAGUACGUUACCGAGAACAUGCUUCUGGCUUUCGUCGAAGAAAUAGGGCAUAAUCCUAAGCCUCUUCUGAAUGACGAUGACUCGCCGCUGGAAUCGGCUGACCUUUCGACUCCGCCUGGAGAGGACGACGACGAGGAGGAUGACGAUGACAAUGACUCGCCGCUGAGAUCAGCAGCGCAACGCGUCAAGGGCCGGAAUCGCCGCGCCGCCCCACCAUCCAUCCUCGAUGUGGAAAUGCGCCCGCAAAAGGUUGCAGAAGCCCCUGACUCGGAGCCUGGAAAAUGA